AUGGCACACGGGAAAGGCAAUCUGUGCAAGAAGGCAAUCGCACUUUUCCUACUGGCAUGCAUUGCAGCUACCAUACUCGCUGUUUCCGUCGUUUAUAUCCCCAAACUUCAUCAUCAUCAUCAUCAUCGUCAUCAGAAAGGUAGUGGUAAGCAAGACAACAGCAGCAAUGACGAUGACAUUGAGAGUAAAGGUUUGGAUAUUCAGGUCAAGAACGCAGCAGCCUUUGACAACGGUGGAGCGAGCAAGAAUCCAAGUGCAAAGGACAAUGGUGUUGGUGCUGGAAAGGACGAAUAUACUCUCUACGCCGGAGAGUGGGAUACGUUUCCGAAGAAGGAAGACUGGGUGUCGUUUGAUGACAUGUGGAAUAUCAACAAAAAUAAGACUAUCAAGACUGCUUGCGAAGAUCACGGCUGGGGCGAGAAUAAUGCCGAUGACGAAACCCAAGAUAUCUACGACGCAAUCCAAUCGCUUGCAAAGAACUCGAGCGUAGACAACCGUUUCAUUCUAGCGAUUGUUCUUCAAGAGUCCAAAGGCUGCGUCCGAGUCAACUCAACCAACAUCGGAGUCCACAACCUAGGCCUCAUGCAAUCCCGCAACGGCACGACAUACAAUCCCGAAAAUCGGCUUGUGCAGUACCUCGAUCAAUACCCUGACGCCUAUAGCGCUGCGAGAGCAUAUAAUAGUGGUGCUGUUGCGGCGAGUGGCGAUUUGAGUGAUGCUAUGGGUGCUGCGAAGUGCUAUGCUUCUGAUGUGGCGAAUCGGCUUACUGGAUGGGUUAAGGCUGAGUCGAGAUGUGGGAAUGGGGGGGCGCAGUCGGAUGGGAAUAUCGAUUCGCAGGGAGCGACGCAAACCACGACGCAAACCACGACCCCCAGCACGAAGCAUUCCACGACGCAAACCACGACUUCGACAUCCAAUAAUGGACAAUGGCAUCCCGAUUCUGCAGCGGAUUCAGGACAAUGGGUUCCCGACUCGGUAGUGGACUCAGGACAGUGGGUUCCUGAUUCUGGAGCUUCGUCAGGGCAGUAUCAAGGAUAA